AUGUCUAAUACACCACGCUCGCGAUCGCGCCUAAAGAUGGACUCGUCGCCGUCUUUUGGGGACUUUUCACCUAUUGGAAUCGAAGACCUCGAGGCACUCAACCGUGCAGAAGCCGCGCUGACACAGGCCCCAGCCAUUAGCCCACUCGCUAGAAAGCGCAAACGUAGCCCCUCUCCUGCCUCGCCAAGGCAUCUCAAGUUGCCUUCAAGGCCUGUAAAUCUGUCAAAUGUUUUGGCAUUAACCCCGACGGAAAAAGUGCCUGCUCCCAAAGUUGACAUUAAGAAGCCGUCCGAAGAGUCUGCUACGUCGGACGAUUUUGAUAAUGAAUUCGACGAUUUGGAUGUGCAUGAUCUACCAGUUGAAGACAACUAUGCAUCAUGGUUCCAACCAGCAACCGGAGAUGUCCCGACAUUCGUCUCCUUUACACGACCCUCUGCGGGCCCACUCGGUGGAAAACCCAAAGUCAUCCAGCCCUCUGCAGCUGCUUUGCAGGCGGCAAGAAAACUGAUCGAAUCUGUCGAAGCGCAAGUGGAUGAUGAAGCCGCCUCUGUUUCAGCUCCCAAGCCUCCUAAUUCAGGCGUCUCCAAGCCGGCGGUCGCAUCCAUCGCUAAGCUCAACAAGCCUCGAGCUUCAAUGAAUGCGGGCAUGCACAAAGAGAUUCCAGCCACACCCAGACCUCUUCCCACAUCGAAACCUCUUCCCGUGCAAUCACAGCCCGUAGAGCAGUCAAAAGACGAGCAGCCGCAGCAAGCUACGCCACAAUCAACUAUCCUCGCUCCUUUCAAUAAUACUGGAUCUCCUCAAUCUGCGCCAAACUUUAUUGAACCGAAGCGGGUAGUCGUAACAGCUCCAAGUACUUCUGUCACCCCUCAGCGGACGGUGGGUGCUAGAUCAGCGUUGGAGUCACCUAUUUCAGUCGCCCCGAAACAUUUGGGAAUGCGCAAUCGACCUCGGGGAUCACUCAGGUCAAAGUUUGCCACACCAUGGAAGCAAGGAGUUGUUGCCGAGCCAUCGAAAGCCAUGACACCCAAGCCUGCACUGAAUGCUACUGAUUCGAAGUCUUCGACCUCUAAAGUCUUGGAGAAGGAGCAGUAUCGGCCUCCAAUACGUAGAAGGGUUGUACUACUACCUCAUUCAGUCUUUGACCUUAAUCCUCCUGAAAAACGCCAGUCACUUUGUGAGCUCGCCCCUGUCAAGAAGCGUUCAGUCAAAGACGCAGAAGAGCAAGGAAUCCACUCUGCUGUUGGAGAUAUAGAACCUUGGAAUGCACUCUACUGGGCUUUUGAGGAGGAUGGAGAACGUAAAGGUGUUGAAGCCGCUUCUGAGGCACUCAAAAAAGCAGGUUGCACACUACUUGAGAGGGAAUGGCUGCAAAAUCAUUGGUCGUUGAUCAUUUGGAAGCUCGCGAAUACCGUACUCAUGUGGCCAGCAACCCAAGCGGAACGAUGGUCAUUCCGUGAGGUACUCAACCAGUUGCUAUACCGUUAUGAGCGAGAAAUCAACAGAUGCCAACGACCCGCCAUCCGUCUUAUCCAGGAGCGAGACGCGAGUCCCAAUGCUGUGAUGAUUCUCUGUGUUUAUGAAAUUGCGUGGCCAAACCACGAUCAUGGUGAUGCGCUACCGACUGAGUUGGUUCUAACAGAUGGAUGGUACAAAAUUCGCGCGCAAAUCGACGUAGCAAUCGGACGUGCUGUAAAGCGACAAAGGAUUCGAAUAGGCACCAAGCUGGAGGUUAUCGGAGCCAAACUGGAUGCCCAUCGAAAAGAUGCCGACGACGUUCUCAAAUCGUUCAACUCAUCUUCUAUCAUCAUUACUGGCAAUGGCACACAUCUAGCUCCGUGGCACUCCAAACUUGGGUUCAAGGGCCGACCGUCGAUUCCAACUCUCAACAGCUUAACUCACGAUGGCGGUGUUGUCCCAUUAAUGUUUGUUACCGUCAAAGAAGCGCUUCCCCUUGCUUUCAUAGAGAUGGAACCCGGCAAAGAGAGGAUUACUCGUGAUGAGAACGAGGAAAGAGCCGAACGAACUCGAUGGAUGAAACAAAGAUCUGAUGAAGAGUCAAGACUGAAGGAGGAUGCUUGCAAGCAAAUGGAGCGGAUACAAGCGACGAUCGACUAUUUGGAGAACAUGGCUGGCUCUUCAAUGUCGCGUGCUCGAGCUUCACAAGGCUCACCUCCCGAGGCUAUUGACUCGGUCCUUGACGACAUUGAAGACUCGGACAAUCCCAAGUCAGUGGUCAAAUCUUUAUCGCCUCUUGACGCGGCAUGGGCGGCACUUGCGCUGCAAGAGCGAUUGUCGAAGAAGCAGGAGAGCCUUAGUGCGGAGAUUGAGGCUGAACUCACAUCGUCCUUCCCAGCACGCAAUGUUCGUUCGAUGCGAGUUCUGCAGAUUCAAGACGCUGUUGCUUCUCCCAAGCGAGGCGUUCGAAAGGCUCAAGUCACCCUUUGGAACGCGGAAGAGAUGGAGCCAAAUGCCAUUGUCCGGGGUAAGACAUACAUGGUGACCAAUCUUGUGCCGACGCUGCCCAAAGGAUGGACAAAGUCGGAGGCGUACUUGUUCACGAGAAGGGAUACACAAUGGAGAAAGGUCACAUUGCCUUCAAGCUAA